AUGAUGUGGUGUAUACAAGCGUUGCUGAUCAUGUCCGCUGUCUCUAUGGUGUCGGCGGGAGUUUUCACCGAUGACCAGGCCAGUAAGGUGGAAAUGUUUGUGGAGGAGGUCAUGCGGUGUAGACAUAUCCCCGGGCUGACCCUGGCUGUUGUGAGGGGUGAGACGUGGACACGGGGGUUCGGACAGGCGGACAUUAAACAGGGAGUGAACGUCACCAAGGACACUUUGUUUGGAAUUGGUUCAGUGACCAAGGCUUUCACUAGUACCCUCCUGGCCAUGAUGAUUGAUGAAAGUAAUGGAAGUUUAACAUGGACGUCAAAGGUGAAGGAUGUGUUGGGUUCAGACUUUGAAUUUGUCGACGAGCAGAGAACAAGGGAGGGUACUCUGAGGGAUCUUUUGUCCCACCGCACAGGGCUCCAGCCUGCAGUCUUAACCCUAUUUGCUGGAUUUGCCAAGAACUUCACGAGAGCUGAUUUUGCCAAGCGUUUCCGAUUUCUUCCUGAAGUUAAACCGUUCCGUGACGUAUACGAGUACAACAACUGGGGCUACGCUCUGCUCGGCCAUAUUGUGGAAGUGUUGUCAGGGGAAUCCUUCGAAGCAACCCUGGAGAAACGGAUCUUCAAAUCACUGGGAAUGAACCGGUCACGUGUUCUGGGAAAGACAAUUACAACAAAUGCAACAGGAAUGGCAAAACCCAUACAUCCAGGGGAGGCUGCAGGUGCUAUUGCGUCUUCAGCGGAUGACAUGGCUACAUGGAUGCACUUUCUACUGAGGCAAGGGGUGACGGAGGACAACGUCACACUGGUCAACUCUAAAACACUUGCGGAGGUCUUCAAACCUCACGAGAGUAUUCCUGCAGAUCCGUUCGUGUCAAAGCCGAAGUUUCCCGUGAUGGACUUUGCCUAUGGCUAUGGUUAUGCGUGGGUUAUAUCAGCAUAUAAGGGAUAUAGACAGAUGAUGCACACUGGAGGCUUACAUUCUUACAUAACCUUCCUUAAACUCUUCCCCGACUUGGACUUUGGAAUAUUUUCAAGCGCUAAUGGACUAGGAACUACGGAUGAGGGCGUGGCACAAAACGUUAUCUCAUUCUAUGUUGCUGAUAUUUUGAUGGGUGAUCAACCUUGGCUAAAUUCUUCCACGGCAUGUACGUUCCCUUCGCCAUGGGGCAAGAUGCCACCAAGCACCCAAAAUAAUUCUGAUGUCACGAACUCCGAUGUGGAGUGCCUAGAUUGUUAUGUUGGGAAAUACGGGCAGCAUCUGCUUGGUGACGUUGAUGUUAGGGAGGGACCAGGGUCGUCACUGGAACUACACUACGGGAGGUUACGGGGCUCUCUCAAUACCACGGAUGAUAAAACGACCUUUAAGCUUGAUUUAUGGGACCCUUACAGAUUUCUUGCUAGGCCAGGUAAUGAAACGGUUCUUGUAGAAGUAAACUUCCAUGGGUUAAACACAGGAAAGUAUACCUACAUUGAUCUCAUUUUACCUCAUAAGAUGACAUUUACCAGAGGUAUAAGCUUUUACGAUGAAAACAUAUUCACAAGAAGCAAACCUGAAACAAAUGGGAAGAGUGUCAAGGAGUUGAGCAAUCUUUUGUUGGUGUUCGUGUCACUUUAUGCAGUGUGCUCUAUAUGGUAGAGACCUUGUAAUAAUAAAAGUUCGGCUUUUGACACCUUAUGUCAAGGGGAUUGUAUCCUCGAAAGAUGGUCAACACGUUUGAUUAAAUAGUUAAUCCAUUGUAUUCAUAUCCCACACAGUAACAAUUCAACCGAUAUAUACUGAACAUAUCUCUUGUCAAAUGAAUAUUUGGCAUGAUGUACAUGAUUUUCUUUCUUAAAUUGAGACUUUUUAUCAAUGAUCAGAUUCAAUAAUAAACUGUAAUAUUUUGU